AUGCUUCCAGUCCUUGAUAUCCAUGUCGUCGGUCGCGCACGGCGCCUCUCCGACGCGUCUUUCUCAUCCUCCUCAGAAGCGGAAUCCCUCGCCUCAGCCUCGCCUUCUCCAUCUACAAGUUACACGAACCUUCUUUCUACAAAAUCUGACGAACUGAAGAGGAUUUUCAAGGCACACAAGAACCUCAUUGUUUCCCCAGACCGUAAAUCCCCCGUCUCUCCCAGCAUCAGGUUAUCCUUCCCCAUCCUUCCAUCGGUGACAAAGGAGGAUAAUAUAUGGCAACACAGGGAAGCAGGAUCGUUGUUGAUGGAGGACGAGCUAAACCCUGACGCUCAGACGUUCGUACCCCAAGAUGAUUUAAAACCAGGUUUCAAAUGCUCGGAGCAGGCACCCACACCCACGCAGGACGAUUUCCGCUCCAUAGACAUCGCUUGGCUGCAGAGGCUUUCGCCUGAACUUGAAGAGCAGUUACGUAAAUACCCCACCCCUCCCGGUCUUUCACUACCUGUUCCGAUCUAUAACCCAGCACCUUUGCCUCUACCAAAGGCACAGUGGUUUGCAGCCUUCGCAGAGGGACUGAAUUCUCAAGAUCCUCUUACAUUUGAACGACAGGCCCACCUCGUCGCAUCGUCAUGUUUCUGGACGGAUCAAGAUGUUGAGGACCUUGUUGUCGAAUUAGUCCUGCGCAUCUACGUCAAUUCCGAAGACUCGAACGACAACGUAGCAUUCUUUGCACACUGUCUCUUCCAAGCAUUUGUCUCUGUUUCUGGGCCUAUUGGUGGGCAAGCCUUCCUACUGCAGCUCCGGCAACACACUCUCAAUAUAUUUGUCAGCUCUUUGGAUCCAGCCUCCUUAAUAUACACCUCGCGUCCGGAGAAUCUUUACGCGCGUGUAAAUGGUGCGCUUUCCCUUGCUCUAUUCAUUGCCGACCUCUUCGAGCAUGGCCUAUUGCUUCAAAACCACAUCAUGGCAUGUCUUCGCCGACUCUUCGAAGGGCCAGUCGCGGUCGAAGAGCAUGUUGUGGCCAUUGGAUAUCUCGUGACGCGAGCUGGUUCAGGGCUUUGGGAGCCUUCAUUUCCGCUGGAAGACAACCCGAUACCAUCCUUUCUGGCUAGGUUCAACGAUCUGGCUGGGAGGGUUCAGUAUUCGCUCCUCGAAUGGGAAGCUUCGAUGUAG